AUGGCACUUCGCAAUUCCCCCAACACCGACGGCAGCGACCAACGACACGGCUCCACCGGCGCAGACUCCACCCGCAGCGAUCACACCAUCCGUGGCCCUUUCGCCAGCCUGACCGGCGUCAGAGGCUCGCCCUUGAAGCUGGCCACCAAGAGACAGCAGUACGUAUUCCCUUGGGAGAGAGACUUCCGUUUCCACACGCACGAACAGUGCUUCUAGGCCCAAGAGGAGGACCACCAGUGCGCGCGCAAUACAAGAUGGGCGGGGAGCGUCGAGACGCGGGAAGAGGCGGCGAUUGCAGAGAAAGCGGCAAGACAGGGCAUGGCCAUGGGGCGGGGGCGAGAACGCCACAUGUGGGAGAUGAAGAGCGAGACAUGCCUCACCUGCGACAUGCAUUGGGGUGAGCAGGAGGUGGCGUGCGCAUUGCUGUUGCCCGAUGACAUGAGGACGGGACAUGGUUACAACGUGAGCAGAGACAUGGGAGCUAACUACAGACCUCUUUCUUAGACUGGAGCGCAAAGACUCAGAAGUCUCACCUGCCACCAUAAUACCCAAACCCACGCCCUCGAAUGUCCGAGCGAACGUAGCACCAUGGGAGGAAUCCCCCUCCAACAACGACCAGAAUGUUCCCCGGAUAAAUCGCGAACCCCCCACCGCGCGCCCCAGCAUGUCUUCCUCCUACUUCAAGAGCAAUGACCCCCGCCCCACCCAGAUGCCCCAGUCCAUCUUCGGCGGCAGCUACUUCAACAAUGACUCCAGUGAGAAUCUGGGCCAGGUCUCGCCGGGAUACGCUCCUGCGAGCGCCAUGGCAUUUCCAGGCGACGGCGAGGACCGAAGACCCUCCAUCGCGAGCGCCACCACCGUCUCGUCGACCGGCUCCAAGAUGAGCAUCACCGGGAAGGUACAGAAGAAGCUACAGGGGUUCUUUGGCGAAGACCCGUCCGGCGUGGUCAGCAGUGAUGGGCGGAGCAGCAGCACCAGACAGAAUUCGGAAACCAGUUCCAUGCAGAGUGGGCAGCUGCCUCCAUUCGCCCCCGGCGGCGGGACGGGCAGAAACCGUAACAAUUCCAUGAACGAUCAUAUCAUGCGCAGCGGUCCUCCCAGUCCAUCUACAUCAAGACCGCGCAGUCCCCAGCCUAGCCACGAGGUCACACCGUGGGUUUUCCAGGAUCCAGAAGUAGGUCGAACUUGAGUGCCUUCCCCCCCCCCUCUACAGAGAAUCACGGAGCUACCUUACCUCAUCCUCUUUUGCCAUGCGUCGCGACUGCUAAUCGGUACGACAGAAUGCGGGUCCAUCGUCAGAAUCGUUCCCUCCCGAUCAGGGCAGAGAGGGCCGAACAGCCAAAAACUCCACAGCCUCACGCCUGCACCUGCCAGGACACCGGCAUAAUCGUAGCACCGACGAGAAGUACACCGCCGGCCAUGGUUUUCCGCUGCGGCCCUCGACGAGCAGGGAACAGUCUUUCAACAUUAUGCGCCGGGAUGGCGCUGGCCCCUCGGCCAUGAGCUCGGCCCUGAACCUCAAGUCGGUUCGAUCCACGAGUCCCGCCCCGAGUGCACACAGCUCGCAGAGUGGAGCGUUGACACAGCGAUCACCGAGCGGUGGUGGUGGUGGUGGUGGUGGGCACAAGCGAUCGUUAUUUGACCGGGUCACGGGACGACACAAGACUACCGAUCGCGCGAAUGCAGAAACACUACAGUCCCAGUCUGUCACGUCUCUGCCUGGCCUGCAGCCUGCGACGAGCAAACCUCGUACCGACAGCAAAACGGUGGCGAAGGCAGGAAAAGGCAGUGCGGACUCGGGGUCAGGGGCGGGAGGACAGAGAAAGGAGCAUAGGCUGCCCUUCAAGAGCAAAAAGACCGACGCCAAAGGAGCCGAUUCGAAAUCCGUCAAGGAUCCCAAUGCGCCGCACGACCAGGCCGGCAAUGCACUAUGGCACCUGGACACGGACAUGUCGCACAUGGAGGGUAUCGUAGACUAUCGAGCACCCCCCAUAACACCGCCAAGCAAUGAGAUCUACACGGGCUGGCCUCCAGAGCAACCUCCGCCGGAGCGGCCCGAGGACAAAGGGACAUGGGAUGCGCCGGAGAGUUGGGCGGUCAGCAAGAUCGCUGACGAGAACAUGCGACGGCUUACAGAACUGGACGACGAGGGCAAUGUACCCAAAGACGACGAUCCGGGACCCAUGUACUUUAUGCGCAUCUUCCGCGCGGACAGUACGUUUGCCGUCGUCUCGGCCAGUCUGAAUACCACGGCCGCGGAGCUGAUCUCGAUGAUGGCCAAGAAAACCUUUCUGCAGGAUGAACUCGACAAAUACCAGAUUGUCAUGCGCAAACAGGACACCAGCCGGCAGCUUUCCCCGGGUGAAAGGCCGUUGGUGAUGCAGAAGCGAUUGCUGGAGAUGGUCGGGUACCAAGAGAGUGAUCACAUGGAAGAUCUGGGCAGAGAGGACCACGGCUAUCUGUGUCGAUUCACGUUCUUACCUUCCAAGAUGAGUGGCUACUCUAGUCUGGAGCGCGAUCCUGGAUUCAACAAGAUGCAGCGCUUCAAUCAUAUCGACAUGUCCGGGCGGAAUCUCAUCACGAUCCCGAUCACGCUCUACCAGAAGGCCACGGAAAUCAUCACACUGAAUCUCUCGAGGAACCUGACAUUGGACAUUCCCAAGGACUUCGUGCAGAGUUGUACGGCGCUGCGAGAGAUCAAGUACACGAGCAAUGAGGCGUGGAAACUUCCUCCCAGCUUGUCCCUCGCGACGAAGCUUUCGACCCUAGACAUCUCCAACAACAGGCUGGAGCAACUGACGCAUGCCGAGCUGAAUCGGUUACAUGGACUGCUGAGCUUGAAGCUGUCCAACAACAAGCUGACCACCAUCCCGUCGUACUUUGGCGAGUAUCGGGCCCUGCGUAGUCUCAAUCUGUCCUCCAACUCCCUGGCUGAGUUUCCCUCGGCACUCAGACAGCUCAAGACGCUGGUCGAUCUCGACAUCAGCUUCAAUCAGAUAUCGAGUCUGGGCGACAUGGCAAAUCUCACGAACCUGGAGCGGUUGUGGGCAACAAACAACAAGCUCGCAGGUCCGUUUGAUCCAUCAUUUGGCGCACUUACAAGCUUGCGAGAGAUCGACGCACGGUUCAACGCCAUCAGCGACAUCAGUGUGGUAUCUCAACUACCGAAGCUCGAGGCACUCAUGCUUGGGCACAACUCCAUCUCGCAGUUUGAAGGGUCAUUCCACUGCCUGAAGGUCUUAUUCCUGAACCACAACCCCGUCACCAACUUCGACUUGAACGCGCCAGUACCUUCACUGUCCGUGCUGAACUUGGCUUCUGCCAAGCUCUCACGCUUACCCGAUGCCCUGUUCAUGAAGAUGCCUGGCCUCACCAAGCUCACGAUCAGCAAGAAUCACUUUGUCUCCCUCUCCUCGCACUUCGGACUGCUGUCCAAGCUUGAGUAUCUCAGCAUUGCCAAGAACGAGCUCAGCAGGCUGCCUCCUGAGAUCGGUCAUUUGGCCGAUCUGCGAUACCUGGAUGUGCGAGAGAACAAUCUCAGUGUGCUACCCGCUGAGCUUUGGUUCGCGAAACGACUCGAGACUCUGAACGUCUCCUCGAAUGUUCUUGCGGAGUUUCCAAAACCAUCCUCUCCGCCUCCCCCUAUGCGAGAAGCCAACUAUGCCAUGACACCUAGCCAGAUGCCGAAUACAUCAAGUCCAGACUUCGAGGAACUGGGCAAGCUGGAAGACUUCCAACUUCGUCGGCCCAGUCAAGCAUCUGGGAUGCUCAGUGUAUCGAGCUCGCCCGGCACCUCGUCCCGAAAGGCGUCUGUCGUUUCCUAUAAUUCAGCAAAGAGCGCACUCCCUCGGACGAGUACGGCGGGCAGUGUCGGCACAAUCACGCCUGGCUCGAGAAAGGACUCGACCUUGUCCAGCAAAUUGGCCGCCACCUUCUCGACGUCGUUGCGGCAUCUCUUCCUGGCCGACAAUCGGCUCGAGGAUGAUGUUUUCAACGAGCUUGUUCUGAUGCCAGAGCUGAGGAUCCUGAACCUGUCAUACAACCAGCUGUACGAAGUGCCACCGAGGACGAUCAAAAAAUGGACACACCUGACCGAACUGUACCUCUCAGGAAAUGACCUCACGUCGAUACCCUCGGAGGAUCUGGAAGAGGGGUCGCAGCUUAAGGUGUUGCAUCUCAAUAACAAUAAGUUCCAAGUCCUUCCUGCUGAGCUUGGCAAAGUCCAGCGGCUGGCCAUUCUGGACGUCGGAAGCAACUUGCUCAAGUACAACGUCUCCAACUGGCCGUAUGACUGGAAUUGGAACUGGAAUCGUCAACUCCGAUACUUGAAUCUGUCCGGAAACAAGCGCCUAGAGAUCAAGCCGAGCGCGCAGUCGGUUGGCAACCGCGACCAGCGCGACCUGACAGACUUCUCGUCACUGAUCAACCUGCGGAUACUCGGCCUCAUGGACGUGACAAUCACAAUCCCUUCGGUACCCGACCAGGCACCUGACCGGCGUGUGCGCCUUGCUGGAUCCGUGAUUGGCAAUACGAUGCCAUACGGCAUGGCCGACACGCUUGGGCGCAACGAGCACCUAUCUACGCUGGACAUGGUCGUUCCACGAUUCCGCGGCCACGAAGACGAGGCGCUCGUCGGCUUGUUCGACGGCCAAUCUCUUUCUUCGGGCGGCAGCAAAGUUGCCAAGUACCUGCAUGAGAAAUUCAAGCAUUAUUUCAUCGAGGAGCUUGACAAGAUCCGGACAGACGAAACUCCGCUGGAUGCGCUCCGUCGAACAUAUCUGGGUCUGAAUAAGGAUCUUGCCACUGCCGCAACUCAGGCCAUCGACGCCCGAGAACAUUCGAGCAGCGCUCUGGUACAUCGUGGUAGUAUCACCGGACCGGAGCUCGGCGACGACGACCUCAAAUCCGGCAGUACCGCGACCGUGAUGUACCUACGCGGUAUGGAACUGUACAUUUCCAAUGUUGGCGAUGCGCAAUGCUUGCUCAUCCAGUCCGAGGGCAACCAUCGAGUCAUCACACGCAAGCACGAUCCUGCCGAAGCCUCGGAGAGACAACGGAUACGUGACGCGGGCGGCUACGUCUCUAGGCAAGGCAAGCUCAACGACCAACUUGACGUGUCCCGUGCAUUCGGCUUCGUCCAAUUAACCCCGUGCAUCAUUGCUGCACCGCAUGUCAGCAGGAUCGAUAUCAAAGAGUCGGACGAGAUGAUCCUGUUGGCCUCGCGAGAGCUCUGGGACUACCUGACGCCGGAUUUCGCGGUGGAUGUCGCUCGGCAAGAGCGAGGUGACCUGAUGCGCGCGGCUCAGAAGCUGAGAGAUCUUGCCAUUGCCUUUGGUGCCACCGGCAAAAUCAUGGUGAUGAUGGUCAGCGUGAGCGAUUUGCGGAAACGCGAGAGGGCCCGCUUCCGGACGCACAGCAUGAGCAUGGGUCCUUCAGGCUCACCCGACGACUACUUCACCACCGUGCGAAAGGCCAAGCGUGGACGAGAUGCAGUGGGCGACUCGAAGCUGGCGCGACUCGACCAAGAAGUCGACGCGCCGAUUGGGGAAGUCACGCUCGUCUUUACCGAUAUCAAGAACAGUACCAUCCUCUGGGAAACAUAUCCCAUCGCCAUGCAGUCCGCUAUCAAGAUGCACAACGAAGUCAUGCGACGGCAUCUGAGGAUCAUUGGUGGGUAUGAAGUGAAGACGGAGGGUGAUGCCUUUAUGGUCGCCUUCCCCACCGUUACCAGCGCGUUGCUGUGGUGCUUCACCAUCCAGAGCCAGCUUCUCGAGGUCCAAUGGCCACAGGAAAUCCUCAACAGCGUCCAUGGUGAGGAGAUGCAAGACGGUGAUGGCAACGUCAUCUUUCGUGGACUGAGCGUCCGGAUGGGUAUCCACUGGGGAAGGCCCGUGUGCGAGAUCGAUCCCGUCACCAAGCGCAUGGACUACUUCGGCCCUAUGGUCAACCGCGCCGCGAGAAUCGAGAGUGUUGCGGAUGGUGGACAGAUCUGCGUGUCGUCCGAUUUCAUCCAAGAAGUACAACGAAUGCUCGAGAGCCACAUCGAGUCCGAUCGGUCUGGAUCUACGGGAUCAGAGGAUACACUCAGUGAUGACAUGACCAGCCAGACGAUCCGACGUGAGCUGCGAUCCCUCAGCAGCCAAGGGUUCGAAGUGAAGGACCUCGGCCAGAGAACACUCAAAGGUCUUGAGAACCCCGAGUACAUCUAUCUCAUGUACCCACACUCGUUGGCGUCGCGCUUGAUCGUCCAGCAACAGAAGGCCGAAGCCGAGUCGCGCGCCGCGCAGCAGGACAAGAACGACACCGAAGCGAAGAAGGUCCGGAAUAGUCAGCUCACCAUCGACACGGACAAUGUGUGGGAUCUCUGGAAUGUUAGUCUCAGACUCGAGAUGCUGUGCAGUACGCUGGAGAAUACGGGGAUCCGCAGUCUGAAGACGCCCGAGACGGCCCUGCUGGAGAAGAUCAAGCAUGGAGGUGGGGAGAUCACGGAUCGAUUUCUGGUUAAUUUCGUGGAGCAUCAGAUUAGUAGAAUUGAGGUGAGUACUCGGCCCUCGGAAAGAUGAGGAUAUGAGGAGGGAGAGGGUAUUAUCAGAUGCUGACUUAUUCGGUAGACGUGCAUCUCCACCCUCGCGAUCCGGAACAUGGUCCGACCGUUCCGGAGCGGCAUGCUCCAGCAGGCAUGUCCGAUGUCUGAUAUCUUGAACGAACUCACGAGUCAGCUGGGCGAACUCAAGAGUCUGAAAGAGCAGGCGGCCGAGCAGGGCUUUGAGAUGGCGCCUUCAUGA